UUGGAGAAGUGCGUGACCUGAGAUCUGUACACCUCCUGUGUGUACACGGGUGUGCUAGCUUGAUAUACUGUUCCAUCUGACAUAGAUGUGGGCGUUGAGAGUUUAGAGUCCAUCAAUAUCACGGACACUCCACCCAUAUUUCAUCGAGCAACAACUAAGGGCUAGGACCUUGUUUUGAGAACCGACAACAUAAUCGGUCGAAAGUUUCUCUUGUCUACGGUAGACGAAUAUAACAGAACCUUCAGGGGUUGUCAGAGAUAGGAUCGUUUUCAUGCAACAUCUUGCACUUCCGAUCUAACCAUACAUGCAACAACUUCCAGAGCAGAACUUGGACUAGGCUCCCAUUGUGGAUAUACCAUUUCAACAUUUUCUCAUCAUUGACGUACUAACGAAAGGAUUUAUCCAUGAGAGUUUGACAAAGUUCUAUUAACAUUUCCUCAGUGGACGAAUCAUCCGCGACUAUUCGACGCCAUGGCGGUCGUUUGCUGGACUGCUACUUGCCGAUUACUUGCCGUGCUUAUGUUAACACUAUGUUUGUGUUUCAUCCAAAGAGUUCAUUCACAAGAUGAUCUACCAAUCGACAGUGUUCUCAUAACAAAUUUAGUGGGUCUUCCUCUCGUGGAACAACAAGAAAAGACUUUAACAGUGGGUAUUAUGGUUGGGACUACAAAUAUACCAGCAGCCAAUGGCAUAGAAGUUAUUCACAAUGGCCCUUUCCGAUUAAACUACACAUUGGCUUCCGGUUCCAAUGCUUCAAAUGCGGUUGAGCUUGUUCAGAUAUCGAGUAGAUCACCAACGGCAUCGCCACUGUCGCCUGGAGAGCUGUUUUCAUAUGAAAUAAAUGAUUUGAGGGUCUCCUUAUCAAAUUAUGGUUGUGAUGAAAUCUCUCUGCUCUGCGUGGAAAUUAUUUCUGAACAACCCUCGUUGAUAUUGACUGGAUCACCUAAAGGUUGUAUUCAGAUCACAUGUAGAGGAGUGGUAAUAACGUAUGUGGAUCCAGUAGAACUUCAAACAUCAACAUUGAAGCAAGGAGUACCAAACAACGAUGUCAGUUUAACGGUUAGCUUUGAGUCAGACCCAAAUUAUGCUUCCGUUUCAGGGGAAUAUCUGUGGGACCCCUACGUGUUUGGGAAUGGUAACCAGUUUGGCACUACGACUCCCAGGGUUGUUGGAAUGACCACAUUGACUGCUGUAUCUAACUAUGGUAUAAACAGCAUGGCAACAUCUGUAUGGCCAGAGUUAGGAGUCAUGAUUGAUCUCACCGAAUAUGGGUGUCCCGAGGCUCGUUUUAUCUGUGUGAAUCCUCGAAGGAACAGCUCCAGCACAGUGCAGUUUUCAUUGAGUUUUAUUCCAACGUCUGCCCAGUAUGGAUGUGCAGAGGUUGAAUGCGCUGGGGUGGAGUUCAUUGGUGGAACCUUGUCUACGAAUUCCAAGUUUGCAGAGUUCCGGAGCAUGCAUGAGAUAUCCUUCAGUGGUAGCUUUGAAUCCGAUUCUACCAAGGGGGGUGUCCAAGGGCUCAAGCUGUGGAGGGUGAAAGGUUACGCCUCUAACACUAAUGAUACCGGUAGCAGCACCACCUCCACUCCCAUCUCAGAAGCUUAUGCUACUGCUUUAGCAGGUAAUGUCAUCGAUCAGGACCUAUCUCCUGGAGCCUCCCUGAGUGUUGGAACAACCACUGUCAUAUUAGAUCUAUCCACAGUCAGCUGUAGCUCUCUCGUCUACUUCUGCAUCUUGGCUGAAAGGAACCCCGACUCUGAGAGAAACGAUCGAUCACCUCUUAAUUUUGAUGUCAACUCGUACAUCGUUUGUGAGCCGAUAGAUUGUGUGGGGCUUGAGAUCGACACACUGACACUUACCCACAACUCGGAUCAAAGUGACCCUCUGCGGGAGUUGGUUACGGGCAACCAGGACUUCUACUUCGACCUGACCAUCGAUCCUCUCUCGACCAGCGGCGGUGUGUCGCGUGACAAUCUUUGGGACAAUCUUUGGACAUUUGAUGUCUACUUAAGUGACAUGCAAGACUGUUCCAGUACGUUUGCCAAUCUUCCCACCAUUACUGUUAAUCCCUCAAUGGAACAAAUCAACCAAGACGUGGAUGGACAAUUGGUCACAAUUGAAGGGAUCCAGGUGACGGUUGAUCUGUCAAGGUUUCCAUGUUCAAGCGCUCCGUACAUGUGCUUGAAUUUAACCCUCACAGACCGUGCUUCAUCUAUGUUUCAAGCUAUCACGGGCGAAACUACUGCUAGUUUACGUUAUAAUUGUAAAGGAAUCAAUCUUGUUGCUGACAGUGUCAUACUGAAUAAUAUGCCAGUGGUCACAGAGCGUGCUCAAGGUGUUAUGUUCGAUGUUGAUCUAAACGUGAUUGCCAAAAGCGAUGGAGGUGGUGCCAUUGAUACCAUUACAGGGCCUCUUUGGACUGCUUCAUUUUUCUUUAGUCCUAACCAAAAUGGCAUUCCGAUGGAACUACAAAGCAAUGCUGCUAGUGGACCCUGGGAUAGCAUAGGUGUGCCAUCUGCCCCGGUGGGCUCUUCGGCUGAUACUCCUACAACAUUGAUCAGUAUCCCUGCCACUAUCAACCUUGAUUCAACCUGUGCUAACAUGCAAUGGUUGUGUGUACAGCUCGACAAGCAUCCAUCUGCUUUGUUUACCUUUGAAGUGAGCAGCAAUGAUAGAACAGCUUGCCUUCAGAUAACGGAAUGCCAUGGUGUGGAAAUCGAAGAAACAAACGUGGCUAUAGCAGAUCCGUCAUCGAUCACUGUAAUUGAAAACACACCAACUACCCUCAAUCCUGAACUAGUCAUUGAUGGGCAGGCUGCAGCUACGAGCGCCUCCAUCAGUGGAACAAACCUGUGGAGCCUAGAGAUAUUCACAAGUUCUGAUGGGAUAUCAAAGGAUGGAGGGGUCAACUUCUUGGAAACAUUAACAUCAAACCAGGAAGAAACUGAAAUCGCCACAGGGGCCAGCUUUAACUUUACAGAUGAUGAUCUGAUUGAUAUAACUUUUAACAUGUCAAACCAACCCUGUGCCCUAAACAACUACCUCUGUAUAGAAAUCCUGAUGGGGAUGACCCCUGACCCUACAUUCACCUUGGAAGGUAACACCACAGCCUGUGUCAAUCUCAACUGUAAAGGAAUAAUCGUGACAGAUACUGUGAACAACAUCACCUCCAUCCCCAAUGGCGGUGUCCUUGUGGAAGGUUUCUCAAACCAGGCAGUUAAUCUUGAGGUCACGCUAACCACUGAUGCCAGUGGUGCUGAGGGGUCCGGUACAGGGCUGUGGCAGCUAGAUGUCUUCACCAACGCAUUUGAGAAUGGCACCGGGGAGGUCAAGCAGUUUGAUACAUCAUUUACAACUGGAAGCUGGAUAGAUACCACAGUCCCCGCAGGCGCCACCACCUCGCUGACGGUGCCUCUAAUGGUGGAUUUAUCAGGCCAGCUAUGCAUGGAUGUAAACUACCUUUGUGUUAGGAUCCGUGAAGGAGUUAACCCAUCCCCAAUGGUGACCCUUCAGUACUCAACCGGCCCAGAGAACUUUAUCGGUUGUGCCCCUGUCACAUGUGAGACUGCCGGAAUCGAGCGCAACGGCUUUUCCUUCACCCCCAUGAGGGUUGUUGAGCACCAAGUGGAUCCUCAACCCUUUGAUAUCUCCGUGUCUUACAUCUCUGAACCCGGUCGUGACAACAUCACCGGAGCUGACCUCUGGAGUCUGACCGUCUUCUUCAGUGACUCCGAAAAUGGGACCAACCCUGCAGUGGAAACCCAAGUGGAUCUUGGCUCUCUCACCGAUGCUCCUUUCUAUUCUGGCCAAACCUUGAACUUCACCAAUCUCAAUGUGAAUGUAUCGUUGGAGGACUUCACCUGUUACAACCCCACGUACCUCUGUAGCCAGUUGGGAAAAGGAAACCCAUUGAAUGAUUUUUAUACACUUGAAAUUAGAUCAGAUUGCCAGCCUAUUCAGUGUGCUGGUAUUGCACUGAACUCUACGGAGGUAUCAAUCAAUUCAGGCCAGCUGCUGUUUGAGUUUCAAAGCUCUCAGAGUUCAAGUCUAGAUGUUACGCUGAAUAGCCUCGAAGAAGGGGCUAGCAUAGAAGGCACCGACCUUUGGAACUUCACUGUCUUUUUGAGCAACAGUGAUACCAUGUUCACCAACAGGAAAGCAGUGCUGACCACAGCCACUUACACAUCAAGUGGCAGUCCUCUGGAAGCUGGAACACCCCUGUCUGUCACCGGUUUGACAUCUCAGCUGGAUCUUGAAGGGGUCGGCUGUGUUGAUUUCCAGUACAUUUGUGUUGAGGUUGACGUGGGAACCAUGGCUGUGCCAUCUUUCAAUUUGGACCUUCAGAGGCCUGAUGCUAACAUUGGAUGUGCUCCAGUGGAUUGCCGAGGUGUGGUAAUAAGCAGUGCUAAUUUGGAUGUCUCUGAUGGCAAUCUCCUGAUUGAGCGAGUCGAUCAGCACAAUGUCACCUUCAGUGUGUCUCUUCAGUUCAGCGAUGAUAGCACCGAUGUCUAUGGUACAGACCUAUGGCAGGCAACCAUCUUUACCAACAGUGGGGAGGGUUGCAGUGAUACCCCGUGUGCUUCGGCCAUGCCUGUCGCGCUCAAUGGCAAUGUGACCAGAGGUCAGAUGGUGACUACGGAGAGUGCCACCGUGUCCUUGGACGUGUCUCAGUGCAAGUGUACCGAGAUGCAGUAUCUGUGUCUGCUCGUCACCAUGAACCCUGACGCCGGUGUCAACUUCACCCUUGAAAUUCCAGCACAGGGCUUCAGAGAUCAGCAAAAGGUCAAUUGUACCGGUGCAGUGAUUGAUGAAGUGAACCUGUUAGUGACCAAUUUUGAACCUGUCAUUCUGAUUGAAGGCGAAACACUGAAUGUAACUGCUAAUGUUAACUUGACUGUGGCUGAUGUGUCAGCUUCGAUAGAUUCAUCUGUAACUAACAUCUGGCAGAUUGAGCUCUAUCCGGCAUCUGAUCCAAUGAGCUAUCGGGUACCUGCCACCUUGACAACAGAGCAAAGAGACCAGGGAUUUAACGCAAGUGAUGUUCUCAAAUUUGAUGGUCUCUUUUUUGAAUUCGGAACGCGCAACUUUGUCUGCCCUGAGGGAGAUUUUGAGGAUCUCUGUAUUCAGGUCAGCCCUUCACCAAGUAUUACCCCUGCUGUAUCAAUUGACAUUUACCAGGAUGGCAUUGUCUGUAUCACAGUUCCAUGCAGAGGGGUUGCUUUUGACAAUUUGGUCGUGGAUGAAAGAACCGACUCCAGCUUUGUUGAGUUUGAAUCUAUGCACCGAAUCAUCUUCAACAUCAGCGCAAAUACCACAGAAUUGAGUAUCAACAUCCCAAACGGCGUCAACCUCUGGCAAGUCCGCGUGUAUGGAAGCUUGUACAUGAACGGGACGGGAGAACGUUACAGUGAGACAAACAUUCCCAUUGCGGAUGCUAACGCCAUGGUAACGGCUGGUACCCCUGUGGAGUAUACUGAUCUGGUGUGGGAUAUGGACCUGACAAAUUUCACAUGUCCAAGUUCAAACCAGUUUUUCAUGUGUGUACAGUUGAUGCCAGGGAAUGCACCUGCUCCACCUUUAUCGAUAUCUCCUAGCCCGCUUUUAACUUGCGUUGAAAUUGAAUGCACUGGUGUCUUUAUCAGCACCCUUGAUCUGACAGUAAACAGUGGCGACCCUGUCUCAGAACGUCGGUCCAACGAUAUAAACCUCAGUGUCACAGCGACCUCCUCUGCUGCCGGGAGCAGUAUCAAUGGAGAUGAUCUCUGGAAGUUAACAAUCUUGAUUUGUGUGAAUGACAACUGUGCUGCAUCAGCUCGUAGAAGAAGAGCUACCAAUCCAAAUGCUCUUGUGGAAAUCCUUGCCAACCUGACAGCAGCAUCGGUCAAUGAGGAUUUAGCAGCUGGUGGCAGCAUCACCUUCAGUGACAUUGCAGUAACUUUUGACCUGGUUGAUAAUUGUCCAGACACAGAGAUUGUUUAUGUCUGUGUCCAACUGGACAAAGGCGAUACUGCCUCUCCAGAUUACACUUUACAAGGUGACCUUCUAACAUGCCAGCCUUUGCAGUGCAGAGGUGUCCACAUCCAAAGCAGCAUCACAGCCAACGAGAUCGGUAGUCUUCAGGAAGGCAACCCAAGCAACGAUGUUGAGCUUGACUUCUCCUUCACCACUGACACCGUCACUUCUAAUGUCUCUGGCACCAAUCUCUGGGACAUUGAGAUCUUUGGAAGCGACGGCGUGAACGGCGAAACACCGGGCACUCUGGUGGUCUUUGGGGAUAUCGGAAGCACAACCAACGCACCCCUGUUUGCUGGUCAGACCAUUGAGUUCUUCAGGGUCACUGCCACCUUAGACCUCUCACCUUACCUCACAUGCAAAGAUACGCAAUAUGUGUGCGGCCGUCUCGCUCGCAGGGCUACUGCAUCGGAAGAAUUCUCUGUAACUGGAGAGAAAACAGCUUGCUUUGAAUAUCCAUGUACAGGUGUUCUUGUCAGUGCUACGAGUGUGGAAAUCACCAACGACGCAUCACCAACAGAAGGCCAGGCUAUUAACAUAGAGCUCAAUGUCUCACUGGCAAUAGACCCAGCCUCUUCCAACCUGUCCAAUGUGAGCGAUGCUUGGCGUAUCCAAGUCUUUGGUGAUCCACUGAUGAAUGGCCUAGGGGGUGGUGGGCCAGGUUGGUUCACUGCAAACACCACGACUGUCGGGGAUGUGGGAGCUAUGCCUGGCACAUCCAGUGAAUUGAACCCAGUGUCCGUGUCCUUUGAUCUUACAAAUGGCUACUGUGAAAAUGUAAAUUACCUCUGUGUUGCGGUGCAAACAGGUGAAAAUGCAAUACCGUCUUUCAAACUCGGCGGUGUGCCUUCAGACCCUGAAGGCCUUUAUGCCUGCACUGCCGUGGACUGCAUUGGAGUUCGUAUCAACAGCAGUAGUAUUGAAACCAUCACAGAAGGAGAUCCAGUCCUCCAGGGCAAUGCAUCUUUCAAUGUUGAAAUUGAUGUAGACUACACCAGUGAUGAAUCGGGUGCUGAUGUCAGUGGGACAAACAUCUUUGGAGUCAAGAUCUUCCUUUCUAAUGACGGCUCUGCUAGUGGGAUCAUCGGUGACAAAUACACGGCUGAUAUUCCUGAAGCCUCUCAGAGUACUACCUUGAUGGCCGGGCAACAACUCAACAUCCUUCGUGCCAUGGCAUCAAUCAGUACAGUGGGGCUCUCCUGCCCUCCAAUGCUCUACCUUUGUGCUGAACUCUUCAAGCCAGGCAAUGCAUCUUACUUGCUGAAUGGCUACGAUUCAUCCAUGGGGACGGUCGAUGAUUCUUUACUGAGUGCUUGUGAGAUUGUAGAAUGCAGGGAUGUAAGAUUCGAUGACAUGACAUUGUCAACAAUCGAUCCUCCUUGUGUUGUUGAGAGAACUGCCGCUCAGGUCCUGUCUGUCAACGUGACUGUUGAAUCCAACUCAUCCUGGAGUAGUGCCAUUGGGACCAACCUUUGGAUCAUAGAUGCAAUCAUCAAUUCGGGACAGGAGAUGUGGAAGGAAUCUGCCAUACUUUCUAUGGACAAUGCCAACAGGGACGUGCUGGCUGGAUCAUCAACAACCUUCCCAAAUGUGGAACUCACGCUUGACCUGUCCACUUUCUACUGCCAAGAUACGAUGGUGGAGCUCUGCGUGUCUAUCGCUUCAGAUGCGAGCUCUGGCUUUUCUCUCAGUUCAAAUUCAGUGACAGAAGUAUGCUUGGAUGUCCCAUGCAAAGUAACGGAAAUUGACAGCAGCGACUACGAAAUCUUCUUCCCAACCAACAUCUUGGAGUUAGCAACAGUGGACCUGCGCUUUGCAGUUAGCCUGACUUCUGGUCCUCUCUCAACGGCUGUAGAUGGAGAUGGGCUCUGGAGGAUUGUCAGGGUUUACAUGUCUGGCUAUGCUGAGGGUAAUGACAGCGUUGCCGUGGAUACGACUGUUCCUCUUCUCUCCUCUCAAGAUGAAGUCGGCAUAUCUGCUGGAGAAACAAUCCGAUUGUUGAAUAUUCAAGCAUCUCUCAACUUACAGGAUGUUGACUGUGCCAGUAUGCCGUAUCUCUGUAUCGAGGUCGCUCAGGGCGAGACCCCUAGUCCUGCUUUCAAUGUGUCCUUUAAUGAUAAUUCCAACAUCAUUUGUAAAGAGAAUGUUAGAUGCCAAGGUAUCGUCAUUACAAAUAACUCCAUCCAGAGUCCUCCCCAGGGACCGGAUGCAACUGAAGGGAAUGAGAACCAAGCAGUGAACAUCACCCUGGUCAUCGAUCACGACCCUGAACUUGGGACGAGUACAGGUGCGGAGAUGUACCCAUGGAUGGUGACAAUAUUUUAUAAUAGCCGAUGGGAUUGCAUGGGGGAUGACUUCGGAGACCGAGUCGCAGCUGGGCUCGUCGAUCACCAAAUGCUUAUCGAUGAUCAAGAGCUUGUGUUAGAGAACCUGGACGUUGAUGUGAACCUCACACAACUUGUUUGUCCACAGAGGGAUAUUUACCUGUGUGCUGAGUUUAACAAGAAUGCAUCAAGAGAAUCAGAUUUCACCCUUAAUUACCAGCCACCCUCAGUUAAAUAUGCCAUGCGAGAGGUUGCAUGUCACGGCGUGGAGAUUUCCUCCACCAAUUUCACAUUGACUGAUGGUAUCCAGCAUGAGCAAGGAGAUGCAAACCAUGAAAUUACAUUUUCUUUCACCGUGACCACAUCGGAAACAAGCCGACCACUCAACGGUGCCGAUCUCUGGUCAUUCCUGAUCUACGGCUCUCGGAACGAGGAUGGGUCCGGCGAUCGUGUGAUUAAUUAUAACUUGACUUCAGACUUGUCUGCAACAUCAAUUCAACCUGAUGGAAUGUAUGAGCUUGAUCCUACCAGUCAGAUGUUGAAUCUCAGUUUUGAUGACAUUGAAUGUAUUGAGAUGCCAUACCUUUGCAUGAGGAUCCAGAAGAGUGGCAGCUCAUCAGUUGAUUUCUCAUUAUGGGGUGUCCCCAAUGAUCCCAUUCUUCAGGAUUGUUUCAUGCUUGAUUGCAGAGGUUUGUACAUUGAUGAAUUCAAUGUGUCACUGACUGGAGAUGAAAUUAUUUAUGAGAACAGAGCAAACGAGCUGACUGCUAUUAACCUUGACCUAUCAUCAAGAAUGGACAAAGAGAGUGUUACAGGUUCAAAUCUCUGGGAGAUCUUUGCCUUCUUUAGCGACGCAGAGGAUGGAUCAGGAGAGGUCAUUGACAGGACACAAAUUGCACCUCUUCCUGAUAAUCAGGGUGAUCAACAUUUCAUUGCUGGUAGAGAGAUCAGCUUUGGUCCUCUUGACACCAGCCUUACCCUGUCUGGAACGUGUGAAAACGUGAUGUAUUUGUGUUUUGAGCUGAGAGCCAAUGAUGCGGCUGUUGUUCCUGAUACUAUAGUCCUCCUAGGCAUGCCAGUCUCCUGUGUACCAAUCGACUGCAGAGGGGUCAUAGUUAGCAGAACCACUCUUCAGGUUAACCCUACUCAGUACACGGAGACAAUGGGUCCCAUCAACUUUGUGGCCACGGCUACGGUAACACCCCAUCCUGACUCAGCCGACAUCUCUGGAACAAGUCUGUGGAAUCUGGAAUUUUACCUUUCUGAUUCGCCAAACGGGAACACAUCCUUUGCUCGUGCCCCACUGCUAUCGUCCAAUGAACCGCUAUCUGUUGGUUCAAAUGUGGAGUUCAGUAAUGUGAGACCGGUGUUUAACGCAUCAGAAGUUCUUUGCUACGAAGCCUUGUAUCUGUGUAUAGUGUUGCAGAAGAAUAGUGGUGCAAACCCAGAUUUUGGACUGAAAGGUCUUCCAGAUGACAGCACUCUGUUGGAUUGCGUUGAUGUUAGCCCGUCAUGCAUAGGUGUUGUUGUUGCAGAGACCGACCUUGGUCUCAUCAACAGCCCCGUUCUACUCAGUGGUGAACCAAACAUGGAGCUUGGACCCCUCAGUAUAGACAUAACCUUUGCCACCCAAACAAGAGCCAUCCUAGAUGGUAACAACCUCUUCAGUUUCCUCAUCUUAGCCAGAGAUGGAGCUGGACAGGAUACUGAACUGGACCAGAGACCACAGACGGUACCGACGAGCAACGUCCAGAGUUCAGGCAUGAUUCAAUUUCCUUUCCAGUCUUUAGUUGUUGAUUUGACGGGCAUUCGUUGCGACCAGAUGACAUCCAUCUGUGGUGUCCUUCAAAAAGGCUCAGAUCCAGAGCCUGAUUUUACUCUCCAAGGGCAGGGUCUAGAUAUGACGCUUCUAGAAGACUGUGUGGAUCUCCAGUGCAGAGGUGUCGAGGUGGAGAGCUUGUUUAUAAACUUCAUGAGUGGAUUACCCCUUCUGGAGCUUACUGCUUCACAUGAAGUCAACUUCUCUCUGACUGUCACAUCAUCCUCAAUGGGUGCUAGUGCCGUCGGUGAAGAUCUGUGGUCCUUGACAACAUUUCUCAGCCGCGAUGAGAAUGGCAGCAACCCGAUCUCGGCAAAGACAGCGUACAUCGGUAGCGAUGUAAACAUGGACCUAGCAGCCGGCCAGAGUAUCGACAUUGCAGCAUCCGUCAAUCUGAACACUAGUGACUUGGUGUGUGACACCGAGUUCUUCCUUUGCGUGGUGCUAUCAAAAGGAGAUGCAGUGAAUCCAGAUUAUACCCUGGAGGGUGACCUCCAAGUUUGCCGAUCAUUUGUAUGCAAUGGUGUAAAUCUGACAAACGCUAACCUAAUUAUUAGUUCGGACGAUGUGCUGCGGAACUUUGACCCCAUGUCGGAGCUCACGGUCGAUGUGAGUGUUGAUGUCAUUGAGGGCUCUGCUACAGUUACUGGCCAAGAUCUUUGGCGCUUUGAUUUCUUCACCAGUACUGACUCAGCUGGAAAUGUUUCACCUUCGCCAAGAGCUACAGCAGACAACCUGACUGCAGAACAAGGCAGUGUGUCCCUAAACGCUGGAGAAACGUCCACCAUCUCGGGUGUGAUCGUGUACCUUGACUUGAGUUCAAUCUCCUGUGACACUCCAAGGUAUCUUUGUGUUGAGGUUUGGAGAGGUGACCAAGCGUUCCCAUAUUACUCCAUCAGCAACCUAGAUUUCCCGACUCAGCUCAGAACAUGCAGACCCAUUGAAUGUGCUGGAGUUAAUUUUAUGAGUGUCACCCCCGUAGUGAUCACUCCGCUUAUUUGGAUUGAGGAGCUUGCUAACCAGACUAUCGCAUUGGAGGUCAUCCUGAUGCCUGAUCCAGCCAGGUCUGGUAUCGUUGGGGAAAACCUCUUCCAAGUAGAUGUCUUUGCUUCAGCUUCAACCACUGGGACAGAAGGAGAGAUCUCUCCGGUCACUGUACCCGUGUCUAAUGCCUAUACAUCAAAUCUGAGGGUUGAUCGUUUACAGAACAAUACUCUGGUGAAUAUCCAGGCUGUAAUGGAUUUCACUGGCCGGUCCUGCAGUGAACUCUCCUAUAUCUUUGUACGCGUCAGAAAGGGGGCAAAUGCCAUGCCAAAUUACUUGCUAGAGGGCGAGGAUGAUCCCUUGGAUGAUUCUAAUCUUGGCUUUGCUCUUCAACCGUGUGCAGGUGUAACUGUCAAUUCUCUUAUUCCAACUCUUAACCUGGGAUCUAACAACAUCCUCGAAGGGGAUUCAGCUCAUACCUUCACAUUCUCGGUUGAUGUAUUUACCGGAAAUGGAAUUAUAACUGAUGGAACUAAUGAGGAUUGGCAGCUUGAAGUGUUUGUGAGUUUCUUCAACGAUGGAAGAACUCCUCUGCGGAAUGUAUCUAUAGAGGACCUGAGUUCCCCAUCGCUACCCGACAGUCAGAUUGUGUUCUCUGAUCUUCAGGCUACUCUCAAUCUCUCUGGUCUGGGAUGUGAUGAAUUCAGGUAUUUCUGUGCUCGUCUGAGUGCCCCCGGAGCUAACUUCACCUUGAUGGGGGCUCCUACCGAAUCUUCUCUCCUCGGCUGUGUCUCUUCUCAGUUAACUUGCUCAGCAAUCAAUCUCAAUCUGAGAUUACAGGACUCCACUGAUACUACCCUGACCGUUGAGUGGGAACCAUCCAUCGGAGAUUUUGAUUCCUACCUCCUCGCUAUUAAUCCCCGGGAAGGAUCGAACCCGGAAUACUCGCAGAUCAAAUCGCUUGGAACCUACAUGCAUACAUUCACUGGCUUAACUCCUGGGAAUAAUUAUACAGUCUCCAUACAGCUUACCAAGGGGGGUGUGCAGAAAGGAGCGGCUAAUGUCCUUUCUCAAAUAACUCUCCAUCCUUCAUGUCCUGCCCUUGAAGUCCCCACUGAUGAUGUCACAUCCACGGAGAUCGCUGUCACAUGGCCCAGACCAGAAGGCUGUUCCAACGUUGCAUCUUACUCCCUCAGCAUCGCACCAGACACUGAUGUGACUUUUAUUUCAGAUAUAGCCAAUCCUUUUACAUGUAGCAGCCCAACUGCUGAUGCGUACAGGGCUGUUUUCUCCUCACUCACUCCAGCCCAAACAUAUGUGAUAGAGGUCAGGGCCAAUGCUAGGUACGGUCCAUCGAGUCCCCUGGGCUGUAAUUCUAGAUCUGUUGUGGCAAAGCCCGGAGCAGUUGAUCUUCAAGUGAACGCCUUCAACAGCACAUCAGUGAGCCUUGGCUGGAACAGUCCACUAUCGGUCACCCCUGAUGGCUACAUGCUGACCAUCGACAUCCUAUCAGCAGUACCAGAUGCCGCUCCGGCUCCUGUUGAUUUCCCUGGAACGGACACGGCUUAUGUGGUGUCCUCUCUGUUGCCUGGUGUGGAGUAUUCGUUCACUAUACAAGCGUACCAGAGUGUCCAGUCUAUACGUUCCUUCGGGAUAGCAGAUACAGUCACACAGCGAACAACCCCGGUCCCUCCUCGAAACAUUGUGAUCGACGCAGCUGAAACAUCAGUAACCAUCACCUACGAAGCCCCUCCCGGUUUCCAUAGUUCCUUCAUUCAUUCUCUACUUGAUGUGAAUGAAAACUUGUUGAAUGGUCCAAAUGCCACUAAUGAAUUCACUGUGGAGUACACAGGCUUGACGGCUGGAACCUUGUACACCUACAGAGUACUUACCAUGGCAGGGUCAGCGACGAGCGAAACGAUUGAACGGACUUUCACCUCUCGUCCGAACCCUCCAAGGGUACCGCAAACAAUAUUCGUGGAUGAGUCAACGAUCACCAUCGUGUGGGAGCAUAACGUUGGUCAACGUGAUGAGUACCAAGUCUCCUACACUCCGAUGGGCGAUAACACUCAACCGCAGUCACCACAAUCUCUGAGUGAGAAUCGAUUCACCCUGACAGGCAUAGAUCCAUACACUACCAUAGAUUUUAACGUGACCACCAUCGUAAACUCUGUGCAUAGCAUCCCUGCAACCUGGAGGCAAAGGACCGUUGCCACGAGGCCUGAUCCUGUACAGAAUCUAAUGCUUGUAGUUACCUCACCCAGCUCAGUCGAUGUUAUCUUCAAUGUCCCCGACAAGCCUAAUGGUUUUAUCACUGGAUAUCUUAUCUCCUAUAUUGGAACAAGGAGUGAUGGUACUGUUAGCAGUGGAAACCAGAUCUUCUCUGAUAUCCACCCGAAUGAUGUCCGCAUUGAAGUUCCUAUUGCAAAUCUUGACCCAGGUGUUGUGUACGAAUUCUUUGUACAAGCUGUGAAUGAUGAAGGAACAAGUGAUGCAGAAAGUGGGCUAAUAACUCUCGUUGCUGGAGAUCCUGUGCCCUCUGGGAAUACUAUCAGUAAUUUAGGUCAAUUAGUUUCAUCCACGGCAACUACCAUCAGCAUCGUAAUCACCGAUAACCUCUUCUCUGAUGUGAAUGGCUUUGUGAUUGCUUUCCAGGUCUUUGUAGUAGAAGAUCACGCAAGCAUCACAGAUCGGACAAUCAGUGACCCACCCAGGCGUUACCAAGAGGUCCGAAAUCUACCGAUUCGCCUAGUUUAUGUGACAUCGCCCCUCUUUGCGCCAACCCCACUAGUCAGCGGCCGUCGCAAACGUCAGAUUGCUGACACACGUACAUCUUUCACCAUUGGUACAGAGACUGAAUGCGUUUCUGAGGACAGCAUAUGUAAUGGCCCUCUUGAGCCUCUGACAUCCUACAGGAUUCUUGUUCGAGCUUACACUGAUGGUGGCUUUGCAGACUCGCCUUGGUCUGAUCCUAUCUCUACAAGAGUAUUGGAUUCCUGGUUCACCAUCCCCAUCAUCAUCUAUGGAGUCAUCAUCUUCUUCAUUAUGAUAUUCCUCAUCCUAUGCUGCCUAUCAGCUGGUCGUCAUCGUCGUAAGAAGGUCAAGAGCUCACCUGGACCAAGGAAAGCACGUGGCUUCCACUCACCCAAGCAAGAAUCUCGGUUCAAUGAUAAUCACAACAACUCUUCAUACAGACACCCAAAGCAUAGCAAAGCACCUCCUGCUAUCCUCUCACGGCCUGUUUUGAGUUCUCAGUUUGCUCUUCACUACAAUGAGAUGAUUUCCAACAAACAGCACAAGUUUACCUUGGAGUUUGAUGAUCUUCGAAACAUUGGUCAAGACUUGUCAAAGUCGGAAGGAAGACGUUUGGAAAAUAAAAACAAAAACAGAUUUGGAAACAUCUUGCCCUACAAUGAGACCAGGGUGUCACUCAGUGGAUCUCAGGAUUACAUCAAUGCAAGCUUUAUCUCUGGUUUCAACAAGGCCAAGGAAUACAUCGCUACCCAAGGACCGAUGACGAACACUGUCAAUGAGUUCUGGAGGAUGGUUUGGGAGAAGGAAUGCCCAGCCAUUGUCAUGCUGGUCCGCUGCAUUGAAGGUGGCAAGGAGAAGUGUGAUAAGUAUUGGCCAGUCAGUGCAGAUCCAACUGUCUUUGGUCAGGUGAUCGUUACCAAGCUCGCAGAACACAACCAUGAUAAUUGGGCCAUCAGAGACUUCAGACUCAAAGUGGGAAAUGAAGAGCGUCUGCUUCGUCAAUACCACUUCAUUGCCUGGCCAACCCACAGCACACCCAAGGUUAGCAGACCAGUGCUGAGCUUUGUGAAAAACAUCAGAGACGAGUUAGCAUCGGCCAAGCUCAAAGGACCACUUGUCAUCCAUUGCGGAGCUGGUAUUGGACGGUCAGGUGUCUUCAUUGCUCUGGACAUCCUGUUGCAAGAGUUGAAGGCAGAUGAUAGAACGGUUGAUGUGUUUGCCGUCGUUGCCAAGAUGCGCAGAGAGAGAUGUUCAAUGGUUCAAUCAUUGGUGCAGUACAUAUUCCUGCACCGUGCGCUUGGAGACUACCUUCGUGGACAUGGCCAUGUCAUCGAGGCCAGCAGUAUAGAGGGAUCAGAUGUUGGGAGCAUUCAAUCAGAUGAAAUAGAGGAGAUGAGUAACACAUCGCUUUGAAGUGACUUCAUUUAAACAUGGAAACAAGGCAAGAUGUGCCCCAUUUGCCAACAGUAACUAUAUGCGUUAUGCAAAGUAUUCAAAUGUCCGGAUCAUAGUGAUAUUAUUGAACCCAUUUUUAAUUGCUUAAAAGCACUUUGUAUUCUUGUAUUAUUUAAUUUUUCAAUUCAACCCCCUUCUCUCUCUCUUUCCACCUCUCUCCUUCCCUUCAUAUACGUACGGCCCUUGCCAUUCAAUUGUGUCUAUCGAUUGAUGCUUUUAGUUUGAUAUGCUUUAACUUGAUGCCCGUGUGAUUUUUUUUAGAUUUGACCCAAAAAUGAAAUAGGGACUUUUAAUAUAUAGACUGCAACUUCAAUUAUGUGGGUGUUUUGCAAAUGGAUUUUUAUCUGAGCCAAUUUUUAUCUGAAAUAGGCAAGGAAAAUGAAAAGAAUCAGUUUUUGAAAUAUGGGUUGAUUUAGACUGUGCUGCAAUGGUGGUUUCUAUCUGUAAAUAAUGGCAUCACUUCAAAUUCUUUUUUUUUAUGAUGUAGUCUACCAGCAAAUCAGAUCUAAAUCUGAUUUUAGUUUGUGAACAACAAGUUUUUAAUACACACUAAUUGCAUUCAUUGUCACUGAUUAUGCAAAGUCACAUGUAUAAGUCUUUCAUUGCACUAUAAUAUGUAUUGUACAUAUACAAUGAGUUCAGAUUUGUAUUGAAAAUACAUUUGUUAUAUUUCCUUUUUAUUUUUACAUUUUGUGAUUAUGUAUAUCAAAAUAUUUUGUAGAAAUUUAACUUGUAAUACAGACAACUCAGGUUAUGUGGGCUCUUCAUUUUUCCCUUAUUAUUUUGUAAUGCAUUUAUGUCUUAUUUGUAAUAUAUAUCUUGUGGGUGUUGCAAAAAAAAAUUGCAAUCUAUUGCAAAUUUCAGUUACAACUUUAAAAGUCAUAGAUUUUUAAUUAAGAUUUUAACUUAAGCAAAUCAAUUUAUACUUGUUGAUACAGAUGCAGAUCAAUUAUACCACUAAUUUCCAGACUUAUGAUUGAAUUGAGUACAUAAAUUGACUUGUAAUUGAUUGCAUUUUUCUUGCAACACUUCAUUAGAAAUGGAGGGAGACCAUAGAGAAAUGGAACAUUCUUUCAUUUUCACAAGUAUAACACUUUAAAUGACCAAGCUCGCCUCACACAUACAUAAAUACAGGAUUCAUUUGGAAUUCUAGCUUGCCAUGAAUAAAAGUUCAUUAUUAAUCAUACAGGACAAUCAAUACGAGUGGUGUCCAUGUCACUGUAGAAGAUUGUAAUUUUUAGUAAAAAAAUAAUGUUUGAAAGAUAUAGUUUUGCCCUACUUCUUUGCAAGUUCUCUUUCCAUGUUU